UGGUGACGCAGGCGGAUGGGCGUGGUUGAGGUGACCUCACCUGUAACUCAGGUAAUUUUUAUCUGCGACAAGACGCCGGCGAACGCGGAAGUGGCUCACAGUUUUCGCGGAGCACGGGCACCUUUAACGCGGGUUAGAAACAAAGAAAGUCGGAGUUCAGCGCUGAGACCGAAUCGAAAUCCAGGUCGAGUUUCACAUCCACAUCAGAGGACGAAGACGAGUAAAAACAUGCUCAGACUCUGUCUGCUGGCGCUUUAUUUCCUGGUCUGGUCCGGCCAGGCCCUGAACUGUGAAUGGGACCAGUCCAUCGAUCCGGAUCAGGGUCUGGACCCGGCCUCAGCGGACGCCGGAGCGCUCCACCUGGACGCGCUGGCGGAGGUGUCGGAUCCGGAGAGUUGCCGGGCGGCGUGCUGCGACAAGCCGGACUGUGACCUGGCCCUUGUGAGUUACCCGGCGGACGGAGCCCCGCGGUGCCUGCUGGUGAGCUGCGUGAGCCGCGGGAGGGACGUGUGCGUCCUCCAGCCCAGCUCUCAGUUCAAGGUUUACCGCAGGAAGGUGAAGAGGGAGGCCAGCGGGGAGAAGCCGCACGUCGUCCCGCUGCUGGGCUCCUGGGAACCGAAGACCAACGAGACCACCAACAUUGGUUGUCGUCUGCCAGUGAAGGUGGGUUCGUGUCGAGCGGCGUUCCCAAAGUUUUACUACGAUGUGACCAAUCGGAGCUGUCGCAGCUUCAUCUACGGCGGCUGUGAGGCCAACGCAAACAACUUUGACUCUCGGGAGGAGUGUGAGGCCACCUGCAGCGGAGUCACAGGUUCAGUUCUCCCUGAUGACUCGACUCCUGCUUCUGAACUUCCUGCCAAAGCUCAGCGAAAGGCUCCACCCUUCAACGCAGAGCUGUCCGAAGACGCUGAAGGUCCAGCUGAGUCUGAACCUGCUGCCACAGACUCUGUUCGCCGUCAGGGAACAGAAACGGCUUCUGAUGAAUACACUGAGCGGUGUAUGGCGCCCCCUGACCCUGGUCACUGCCGCGCUGCCUUCCCCAUGUUCUUCUACGACCACAGCACCGAGACCUGCCAGUCAUUCAUAUAUGGCGGUUGCCGUGGAAACCAGAACCGUUACAGCACCCCAGAGGAGUGCAUGGCCCGCUGCAGCCAAAGGGGAUCCUUUGACAGUCGCGGUAAAAGUCGUAACCGCUGGACGGCAGCCUUCUUCCUCUUCGUCGCACUGGCGGUCAUCUCAGCUCUGCUGCUAGUGACGCUCGUCCUCAUCUCUCUGCGACGUCACCGUCUGUCCCGUCGUCCGUCUUCCAUCAGUGAUAAGGAGGAGCUACUUCCAGAUCCAGACGAGCAGUCCUCUGUGGAGUCCCUGGCUGUCCCACAGAGUCCCAAACCUGACAAGGCCUGAGGACUGAGCUCACCGAGGCCUGCAGAGGGUCUGGGGACGGGGUGGGGGGGUGCCGGGUUAUUGGCAGACAUAGUUCACUUCAGAGCUGAUUUCAGAAGAUGUUAUUCUUGUGAUUUUUUUUUCUGUGUUCUUUGUGCAGCAGGUGGAUUUAUCUGGGAAACGUACCUGAUCGGUCUCAGCUCCACACAGAUGGGAUUGAUCGGUCGUUUGUUUUAGGCUGAAAUUUACUUUACAGGGGUUUUUUUCUACAUUUCAGGAAGAGCUGUGUUGCGUUUUCAGAGGAGUUGCAUGUUGGAACUAUUCCUUGGUGAAACACUGCACAGAGGCACUGGGCAGGUGGUUGUUCAUCAAGAAACUGGUCCAGCAGUUCCUCCACAAACCGCAAAUGAAACCAGAAAUAUAUGAAUCGGUGAGCUUUAGAGCUAGGCUAAGCUAGCUGUCCCCCCCACCCCCCCAUUUCCAGUCUUUAUGCUAAGCUAACCGCAUCCUGGUUAGCUCCGUGCUGGACACACGGAUGUGCGAGUGGUGUCUGAACAAAGAAAGACAAGAAGAGAAUUUACUUUAUUUAAGGUGAUGAGGCCCCGAGUACAAUCCUCAAUAGGAAAAUGUUGAGCCGGUGACCUCGUCGCAGACAGGAUAUGAUCAAAAAAGGAAAUAAUCUCAACCUGGAGGAAGAUUUCAUCAACACAAACAAACUUCUAGGACAGUUCAGUUUCAGUCUAAAAGCUCUGGAGCCUACUUUUCCCAUAAUGCACCUGGACCUGGCUCAGAACCUCCUGCAGGCUGAGAACCUCUGAGCUGUGUGAUUAAACUGCUUGGUCAUUUACUUUAUUGAUCUGUGUGCAUUUUAUUGAUUGUUAAAGGGAAUCAUCUUUUAACUGGUGGCUUUUUAUUAGACAUGCCAGAACGUGAGUUUUUAACCUUCACCUGACUUUGAGGAAAUCAUUUUUCAGUUUACAAUUCAGUGUGUUCCCUUUUUUGAAAUGAUCAGUGAUCCGGUCUGACUGUCUGAGUUUAACAUGUGAUCUAUAGAUGACACAGUGUGUAAGAUAGAACUUUGGUUUUAGAUUCGGGCUGCGAUUUGUACCUGGUGUCGGAGCUUAAACUGUCUUACCUGUCGACUCUCUCCUCAACUUUCUUAAUAAAUGAAACUCUUUUAACACUAA